CGAAAUCGCUUGGGGCUCUGCCAGUGGCACCGACACUUCCAAUUAAAUUGAACUUUUUUUCUGGUUAUUUUGAUUGAAAGCGCAUAAAAUGCUUUCGAAUUGUGCCGCAAGAACGCUGGCUACUGUGCGGGGCAGCCUGCGUGCCAUUGCCACCAGCAGUGCACAGCGCAGCGACAAUCUAUUCGUGCAUCGCGACACACCCGAGGAUAAUCCGAGCAUACCCUUCGAGUUUAGCGCGGAGAACAAGAAGCGUGUGGACGCCAUACUGAGCAUCUAUCCAGAGGGUCACAAGCGUGGUGCCAUGAUACCGCUGCUCGAUCUGGCACAGCGUCAGUACGGCUGGUUGCCCAUUUCGGCCAUGCACAAGGUGGCCGAAAUUCUCGGCCUACCCAAUAUGCGCGUCUACGAGGUGGCCACAUUCUACACAAUGUUUAUGCGCAAGCCGACGGGCAAAUAUCAUAUCCAGGUGUGUACAACAACACCCUGCUGGCUGCGCGGCUCCGACGAGAUCCUGGAUACAUGCAAGAAGCAGCUGGGCAUCGGCGUUGGCGAGACAACAAAGGAUAACAAGUUCACCAUCUCCGAGGUGGAGUGUCUGGGCGCCUGCGUCAAUGCGCCGAUGGUGUCCAUCAACGAUGACUACUAUGAGGAUCUGACCAGUGCGGAUAUGCAGUCAAUUUUGGGUGAUCUUAAAGCGGAUAAGAUCUCACCGCCGGGACCACGCAACGGACGCUUUGCCAGCGAACCCAAAGGCAACCCAACCUCACUGAGCGAGGAGCCAAAGGGUCCCGGAUUCGGUCUACAAGCGGGCCUCUAAACACGAUUGAACCCUAGCUUAGCUUCAAUCACAUACAAUUCUCCUCUUUUGUGCAACACACAAACACAGACACACGCAAGCAGACACGCGGACACAGAUACAGCUUGUCAAAUGGCAAUUUAAAUGCAAUAAACCCAAAUGGAUGUUAUAAUUAAAAUCGAUUUACGAUGUCUGUA